GCCCAACCAUGCCCCUUCUCUCAAAUCAUUGCUACUUAAAUCAAGCAAUUUUAAUGUAGUUAAUAUUAGCACAAACCCUCUUUCUGCUUGCCUGCUUCCUAGCAACCUGAAGCAGAGUAUCUGCUUGCCAAUCUGCUCUUGAUGGGAAAAAAAAAAAAGAACAGAAUAUCCAGUUAAUUUGCCAAUAACCCUGAAGAGGUGGGCCAGAGAAGAUGUGAUCCAUAUGUUGAAGACUGAGAAAACCAAGCCUGAGGUUCUGGAGGCUCACUACGGAUCUGCAGAACCAGAGAAAGUGCUUCGGAUCCUGCACCGAGAUGCCAUCCUUGCUCAGGAGAAGUCCAUAGGAGAAGAUGUCUAUGAGAAACCCAUCUCAGAGCUGGACAGACUUGAGGAAAAGCAGAAAGAAACCUACCGGCGCAUGCUAGAGCAACUGCUGCUGGCAGAGAAGUGUCACAGGCGUACUGUGUACGAGUUGGAGAACGAGAAGCACAAACACACUGACUACAUGAACAAAAGUGACGAUUUCACCAACUUGCUGGAGCAGGAGAGGGAGAGGUUGAAAAAGCUCCUUGAACAAGAAAAGGCUUACCAAGCCCGCAAAGAAAAGGAAAAUGCUAAGCGUCUCAAUAAACUAAGAGAUGAGCUUGUCAAACUCAAGUCCUUUGCACUCAUGCUGGUGGAUGAAAGACAAAUGCACAUUGAACAACUUGGCCUGCAAAGCCAGAAGGUACAGGAUCUUACUCAGAAACUGAGGGAAGAAGAAGAAAAGCUCAAAGCCAUUACUUCCAAAUCCAAAGAAGACAGACAGAAACUGCUCAAGUUAGAAGUGGACUUUGAACACAAGGCUUCUAGGUUUUCUCAAGAGCAUGAAGAGAUGAAUGCUAAAUUGGCUAACCAAGAGUCUCACAACAGGCAACUUAGACUGAAGCUGGUUGGCUUAUCUCAAAGAAUUGAGGAACUAGAAGAGACCAAUAAAAAUCUUCAAAAGGCAGAGGAAGAACUUCAGGAAUUGAGAGAUAAAAUUGCCAAAGGGGAAUGUGGAAACUCCAGCCUCAUGGCAGAAGUGGAAAAUCUCCGAAAGCGUGUGCUGGAAAUGGAGGGUAAAGAUGAAGAGAUCACGAAAACUGAAUCCCAGUGCAGGGAACUGAGGAAGAAACUGCAAGAGGAAGAACACCAUAGUAAGGAGCUCAAACUUGAAGUUGAGAAGUUACAGAAGAGAAUGUCUGAACUAGAGAAACUGGAAGAAGCAUUUAGCAAAAGUAAAUCUGAAUGCUCCCAGCUACACUUAAAUCUGGAGAAAGAAAAGAAUUUAACUAAAGACCUGCUAAAUGAAUUGGAGGUAGUUAAAAGUCGAGUUAAAGAACUUGAGUGUUCUGAAAGUAGACUGGAAAAGGCAGAAUUGAGCCUCAAAGAUGAUCUCACAAAGCUGAAGUCAUUUACAGUGAUGCUGGUUGAUGAAAGGAAAAAUAUGAUGGAAAAAAUAAAGCAAGAAGAGAGAAAAGUGGAUGGACUCAAUAAAAAUUUUAAGGUGGAACAAGGCAAAGUUAUGGAUGUAACUGAAAAAUUAAUCGAAGAAAGUAAGAAACUUUUAAAACUGAAAUCUGAAAUGGAGGAAAAGGUGUACACUUUGACAAAGGAGAGAGAUGAGUUAAUAGGUAAACUGAAAAGUGAAGAAGAAAAAUCCUCUGAAUUAAGCUGCAGCGUUGAUUUGUUAAAGAAGAGACUUGAUGGUAUGGAAGAAGUGGAAAGAGAAAUAACAAGAGGAAGGUCUCGAAAAGGACCUGACCUCACCUGCCCAGAAGAUAAUAAGAUUAAGGAACUAACCCUUGAAAUUGAGAGGCUGAAGAAGCGUCUCCAACAGUUGGAAGUAGUGGAAGGGGAUUUGAUGAAGACAGAGGAUGAGUAUGAUCAGUUGGAGCAGAAAUUCAGAACUGAGCAGGAUAAAGCUAACUUCCUCUCUCAGCAGUUAGAGGAGAUCAAGCACCAAAUUGCCAAGAACAAAGCAAUAGAGAAAGGGGAGGCUGUGAGCCAGGAAGCUGAGCUGAGACACCGAUUUCGAUUGGAAGAGGCUAAGAGUAGAGAUUUAAAAGCCGAGGUACAAGCUCUCAAAGAGAAAAUUCACGAGUUAAUGAACAAAGAAGAUCAGCUUUCUCAGCUCCAAGUAGAUUAUUCAGUCCUUCAACAAAGAUUUAUGGAAGAAGAAAAUAAGAACAAAAACAUGGGGCAGGAGGUCCUCAAUCUGACCAAAGAGUUGGAGCUUUCUAAGCGGUACAGCCGUGCCCUCAGACCCAGCGUGAAUGGGAGAAGAAUGGUGGAUGUGCCUGUGACAUCCACCGGGGUGCAGACAGAGGCCGUGGGCAGCGAGGCAGCCGAGGAAGAAACGCCGGCCGUAUUCAUACGAAAAUCCUUCCAAGAAGAAAAUCACAUCAUGAGCAAUCUUCGACAGGUAGGACUGAAAAAGCCCAUGGAACGAUCCUCUGUCCUAGACAGGUAUCCUCCAGCAGCAAAUGAGCUCACUAUGAGAAAGUCGUGGAUUCCGUGGAUGAGAAAAAGGGAAAACGGCCCAUCAAUCACGCAGGAGAAAGGGCCUCGAACAAAUUCCAGUUCCGGGCACCCAGGAGAACUAGUUCUUUCACCAAAGCAGGGCCAGCCCUUGCAUAUCCGAGUGACACCAGACCACGAGAACAGUACUGCCACUUUGGAGAUAACCAGCCCCACAUCUGAAGAAUUUUUUUCUAGUACCACCGUCAUUCCUACAUUAGGGAAUCAGAAACCAAGGAUAACCAUUAUUCCAUCACCAAAUGUUAUGUCUCAAAAAACAAAAAGUGCAGAACCUACUCUUGGCCCAGAACGAGCCAUGUCCCCAGUCACAAUUACUACGUUUUCCAGAGAGAAAACCCCAGAAAGUGGAAGAGGCACGUUUGCAGACAGGCCCACGUCCCCCAUUCAGAUAAUGACAGUGUCUACUUCUGCAGCGCCAGCCGAAAUUGCAGUUUCUCCAGAAUCCCAGGAAAUGCCCAUGGGAAGGACUAUCCUCAAAGUCACCCCCGAAAAACAGACUGUUCCACCUCCAGUACGAAAAUACAAUUCCAAUGCCAAUAUCAUAACCACGGAAGACAAUAAGAUUCACAUUCACUUAGGUUCCCAGUUUAAACGAUCCCCUGGGACUUCAGCUGAAGGAGCUAGUCCAGUUAUUACUGUUCGGCCAGUCAACGUGACAGCUGAAAAGGAGAUUUCCACUGGCACUGUCCUUCGCUCUCCCAGGAACCAUCUCUCUUCACGACCUGGUGCGAGCAAAGUGACGAGCACCAUCACCAUAACACCAGUCACAACUUCAUCCACUCGAGGAACCCAGUCAGUGUCAGGACAAGAUGGGUCAUCCCAGCGGCCUACACCUACCCGCAUUCCUAUGUCAAAAGGUAUGAAAGCAGGAAAGCCAGUAGUGGCAGCCCCAGGAGCAGGAAAUCUGACCAAAUUCGAGCCUCGAGCUGAGACUCAGUCUAUGAAAAUAGAGCUGAAGAAAUCUGCAGCCAGCAGCACUACCUCUCUUGGAGGGGGGAAGGGCUGAGGGCAGUGGCUAAGGGGGUAUGUUGUGCAGAUGCUACUGCUGCUGUGAAAAUGAGUCUUCAUCUGUUUGUGCCAACUCUUUACAUGUACUAAUUUAAGUUUUAAACACCUUGUUUAUAAAAUAACCAACUAAUAGCCAUGUUUCUUUCCUAUUUUGUGCAUUUGUUUUGAUGCUUGGGGAACAGAAGUAAUUACCCAAACUGCUGUUUGCUGUGUGGUUCAUUGAGGAUGUUGGGCUUGUGGUGGAGCCUGACUUCUAGUUUCAAUUUUGCUUCUAGCAAGUGGACCUAUCAAUUAGCCCAUCAAUUAAGAAACCCUCAGUUUGUUCAUCAGUAAAAUUUGGGGACUGUACACCUAUUCUUAAAGGUUGACUCACAUAAUUUCUAAUCUUAAGCCAAAUUUAAUAGGUAUUGUUCUAUGGUAAUUUUUUAUUUUUCAAAAACUCUAAAAUAGGACAUAGUUUAGUAAUUGUCACUUGCCUUUAUCAAAUACUAAAUUUGUGUGCUGGAAAAAGAAUUGCAUAGCUAUCACAGGGCUUGAACCUCUAAAAUAUUGCAGAAACAAAGCUUCUAAAAUGAUUUCAGGAAAGAACUUGAAUGUGAAAUAAAAUGGAAACGAACUAUGGAAUCCUAAAAACAGAGUUUGACUUAUUCUUGUGUGUUUGUGUACAUUGUAGAAGUUUCGGCCACCUACAAACGAUUCUCAGAAUGUCAUACAGAGUAAUUUUAGAAAUAUUAAUGUCAGACUUGUGCUCCAUUCAAGUGUGUGACUGAUUUAAGUUGUGGAGCACUUUGAAUAGAGCUGCUAAAUGACCAUUUAUAGCUCAACAGAAAUUGUGAUGAAUAGAAAAUAGAAGAAAGUAAAUUCGGAUACAUUAAUGCCAAGAAAAAAAUGACAUCAUGCUUAGCUUAAUUGAGUCCAAAUAUUUUACUCUGUUAAAUGUGGACUUUACUUGCAAAUGUAGAAAUAGUUCAAGAUUUGUGUGUGUGUGUGUGUGUGUGUGUGUGUGUGUGUGUGUGUGGGUGGAGAAAUACAUUAUUAUUCUUGUUAGUUUUUCUCAUGUUUGAAUCAUUUUCUUUAAUUUUAAGCAUGUUUUAAUAAGCAUGAAACAGAUUGUGAAUGCAAAUUCCAACUGUAUUUGUGAGACUAACCAUGUUAAAGUGGACAGUGUGCUUUGUAGUCACAUAACAACAAAUGAGCUCAAGGUUGGUAACCAUAGCUUAGCACACUGAGGUCUUAUGUAGACAGUACCUUUGCCAAAAGUUUGGAAUCAAGUGUAGACUGUACCUUUGCCAAAAGUUUGGAAUUAAGUAGGUCAACUUUACAGAAAUACAAUAACUACAAAAUUACAAAUUUUUGUUUUUCCAUUUUGGAAUUGUUAGAAUUUCAAAAUUGUAUGAACAGCACCUGAUCUUGAUAUUUGGGAAAAAGUAAUUUAAAAAAAAAAAAGAUGUAUGAUUAGUUUUUAGUCCAUGAACAAACACAUUUCUCUUUGUGUUCUCCUCACCACAUUUCCUAUACUUUGCAGAACUUGCACUUGAAUUGUUUGUAGUGGUAGUAGAUAUAGAUGCCUCAUAGUAUUCACAGGCUCUUUAAUCAUAUUCAUUUCCUACUAUUCAUCAUUUCUCAGAAUAUGUAUUAAAAACAUUGAGUGAGCUGAAGUUGUGGCUCAGUGGUAGAGAGCUUGCCUAUCACAUGUGAGGCACUGGGUUCCAUCCUUAACAACACAUAAAAAUAAAGGUAUUAAAAAACAAACAAACAAACAAACAUUGAGCAAUCAUGUUAAAGACAUGCCAUAUAAUGGGAUUGAAAAUUUAAAGGGGGGUGGAAAAAGAGACUGAGAAAAUAAACACUUUAAGAAUUAUGAUUCU